GCGUAUUACAGCUACAAUGCACAUGCAGUCAUGCAGUUGCAGUGCAUGUCAAAUUUUAAAGGUUAAGACUGACAGCAUAAAUAAAGCAAAUAUUAUAUCUAUGCAACAUAAAAUCAUAACUGAGUACUUUCAAUUAUAAACCAUUAAAAGUGGUAUUAAUCUUUUCUCUUUUGGUUCAAUGUUUCAGUACAAAAAAGGGAGAUAUGUAUUUUUGAAACAUAUUUUUGUAUUUGAAUUUGAUGCAUGAUCCACUGCCAGCUUAAGAUAAUCUUAUACUUUUUUAAGUACUACAUAGUCUGAUUCCAUCUAUUUUUAUUAGUACAUUUAUCAUUCUUGUAACUAGUACCUAUAUAGAGUACUUAUUGAACAAAACUUUUUUUGCUAACAUAAAUUUAUUAAACACAUAAGAGUAUGUGGAAUGCAUUGAAUUAUCAAUCACAAUGUUCAAACUGGAAUCAUAUAUAACACCAGUGAUUCUUAGUUAUGUUGAAAAAUAUGUGAAGAAUUUUAAACCAGAACAAUCUCAGGUUUCUUUAUGGGGUGGUGAUGCAUCAUUUCAAAAUCUUGAUUUGCGGCUAGAAGUUUUGGAAGAACAACUUAAUCUUCCUUUUGUUUUUGUGAGUGGUCACAUACAUGAACUACUUAUUCAUGUUCCUUGGGUAAAAAUUACUUCAGAACCAAUUGUCAUUACAAUUAACACAAUAGAAUGCAUUUUAAAAUUAAAAGAUGAUACUAAAGUGGAAACUAAUCCUUCUGCAAUGCAGAAAAGACCGGAAUUACCACAGGAAGAAACACCACCUGGGUAUAUAAAAAGUAUAGUAACAAAGGUUGUAAAUAACAUAACAAUCAAUUGUAAUAAUUUAAUUCUAAAAUAUGUGGAAGAAGAUAUUGUUCUUAGUGUCAAUGUCAGAUUUUUAAGUAUGCAAACUGUUAAUAAUAAAUGGGAACCAACAUUUACUGAUGUCAAUGGAUAUGAAGUUAUGCUUAGGAAAGUUGUUACUAUUCAAGACCUAACAUUAUGUUUAGAUAAAAUGGAUGCUUCUGGAAAAAUAGAAAUAUAUCAGGAUCCUGUUCUGUAUCGAUGUUCCGUCGUAAUACGCUUGAUUGUAAAUUAUCACAGUAAUACUGCAAAAAAAGCUUCUAUUACGCGUUUAGACCUGCAUUGUCAAAAGAUGGAAUUUAGUAUAACAGAACAACAAGUACCAAUGUUGCUUAGAUUAGCUGCAUUGAUAAUGGCCUUGCAGACAAAACAAUUUCCAUCUAAUAAAGAAAAAUCUUUAAUUUCUAUGGAGGAAAGGGAGGAUAGCACACAAGACGAUAUAGAUCACGUAAGCGGAGUUGCUACAGAAACCUCAGGCUGGGGUGGAUGGGCUUGGAACGUGGUAUCAUCUUUAUUACCUAUUGAUUGGGAUAAUGAUUGGUCUACAGAACAGCAAAUGGCUUAUUCAGGUCAUACUAUUCAUUUAGGCAUCUAUGUGCAAGAUACCACUUUAACUUUUAAGACAGUUGAAAAUGUUAAGGAGCAAUUAUUUUAUAAAUCUCGUAAACUUCGAUACAAAUCAUUUUUAACAUUGCGAUUGAAUGGAGUAGUGGUAGAUACUUUACUCCAGGGUAUUGCAAUGACUAGUUUCCAAGUUGGAAUGGGAUGUAUACGUAUAUAUCCGAGAGGAACUUGUAGCUGCGGACAUCUUGAAGUAGUAGAUGGGGCUCAGCCACCCUUAUAUUUCAUAGCUGGCAAGUUAAAUACUGAUUAUUUGAAAGAUUCUUUAUUUGACAAUGAUUCAGUGGAGAACAAAGGAAAAAAGAGAGAAUACAAACAAGGAAUAUAUUACUAUUUAUGUGCAGUUUCAGAAGAGCGAUUAAUAGAACGAUGCCCUGCAUUUGCUAUGGAUUAUGUUCAUUGUCUGGAAUUACCAGAUGAUAUCACACCUGAGAAAUUGGCAGAAUUCGGGUCUAAUUUUGAAUAUAGCAAUUUUCACGAACGCAGAGUAAUGAGGUACAUCAUAGGCGAUUUAACUGUUAGGCUGUGUUCAGGUAUUUUUCAUCGUAUUGAAACGAUAAAGCAAGCUGCCGCGAACUACGAUUACAAUCCAUAUAUCGUUACAAAACCAGAUCCGCUUGCGGAUGAACUUCCUCCUGUUACAUUGGAAGAAUAUGAAGCAUUACGAGAAAAUGUGUCUAUGGCCGAGACAAAAUUAAUAGUAAUAAAAGCAUCUCUUCAAUUGCAAUUAGCCGAUCAUUCUGUUACUGGAUUACCACGCCACCGAAAGAUCGUUGAAAGUAGAACGGCACCUCUAACACCUGCUCUUACAGACGAUCCUUUUCUAAGUAUUGAAUGUGAUGAAGCAAUUAUAUCAGUACUUCAACCUUUAUAUCCGUUUCGACUUGCAGCUUGUGCAUCGAAACAAACUGAACUUUCAACAGAAAUGUUUAGUCAGUGCCAUAAGAUUGUUUCAGUGCAGGUGAACGGAGCAAAGAGUCAACUUUACUUAACAAAAAGUUGCCAUACAUCUAUAGUAAUGCCUUAUUCAGUUGAAUGCAAAAUAAAGAAAUUAUUGUAUCCACAAUAUUGGAGGGAUAUUGAUUUAAUACAUGAAACAUACACAGUACAUAUGGACAGUAUUACGAUUACCGGGACAAAAGCAAAAUUAAUGAUUGCUGUAUCUAUAUUGACUUCAAUUUUCGAUCCCAAUGAUACAACAAAUCCUUUAGUGUGUUCUUCUUUAUUUAGCGAUGCUUGUCAAGAAACGGAUCCUGUAUACCUGGAAUUAUUAUUUGAAAAUGUGAACUGUAAAAAGUUGUCAUCUUUAGUUACAGUUUCAUAUGAAAUAAGUAUGAGUUCAGUGAAAAUGUUUGCUCUUAAUGAGUCACAACAGGCCUUUGUAUUUUCAGGCCCAGAAAGUAACAUUGAUGGAGAUGUAGAAAAUAAAUCCCUCCUAACAGCCGUAAUACAGUUCCCAAAAGAUAUUGAAAAACAAACGCAUCCACCUCUGAUUUCGCUUCAAAUGGCAGAUAUCAGAGCUUCACUCGAUCCGCUACUUUUUAAGUGGUUGGAAUAUCGUGUUACUUAUUAUAAUGUAGGUACCUUAUGUACGAUGCGACCUGAAAUGCAGCAACAUCUCGAAGGUGCAUCUUCCGAUACUGGUACCAAGAAGAAGACAUUUCCUAGUUUACAUGAAAGCGUACAUAGUUCUUCAGAUAAAGAAAAACGAAAAUCAAUUAUAACAACAGAAAAGUCAAAAACUGUGCAAAACGAUGAAACUCAAAAGAAAUAUGAUUCUAAAACCACAGGUGAAAGACAGAACUUACAGAAUUUGGGAAUAUUGGCCAGAUUGUCAGAAUGGUAUCCAUGGUGGGGUGGACUUGUGUUAAGUGGAUGUGUUGGACAUAUUGUUAUUUACAUACCAUCAAUGACAAUGAGUGGUAUAGGGGCAUAUGGUAUAGAAGAAGCCAAAGAUGGAGCUCUGAAAAACAAUAAAAAUUUACAAAUACUAAUAAUAAAAUUACCCGCCUUAGUUAUUCAUUCAUCUAAUGUAAAUUUCGAAUUGCUGACACCUUAUCUUCAAGAAUUACCAGUUGUACUACCAAAAUCAAUGUGGACAAAUAAGUCGCAAAGUUUUCCAUGGACGUUGAGCCUUGUCGAUUUCCAUUGCUACAUGUUACAAGAGCAUACACAAAAAAAUUUUAUUAAAAAAAUGUCAUUAAAUGCUACAGUUGCUCUUACAACUAAAGUCACAACCUUUAAAUCAGAAAGUACAUUGUCCGCUUUAGGUGUUUGCGUUCACAUCGAUAAUUCUCCUAUUAUCGUUUCAAUUUCUGAGGAACAGGUAGUUUUCGUGAAUAAAAUAAUCUCAAGUAUUGCAAGCAUAGUACGAGUUACAACCAGCGCAAAUAAAAGUGUGAUAACUAGUACUCAAAUGAAUACUGAAGCACAAGUUGUUCUUCCAAUCAUACCACAAACUCCAUCUACACCAACACAGUUACUGUAUCCAGAAGAUACAACUACAAACUCAACUGUUUCAACUUCAAAAGAUGAUACUACACAAGAUACGGAUGAAUUAGUUUUGACAGCAUGGAUUCAAUGGACUAUAACAAAAAUCGCCAUAAAAUUAUAUGUUACGGAAAAAGAAAGUUUAUCUUCAUUAAAAUUAGUACUUGAAUUGGAAGAUAUUAUUACUUCUUUAGACUUACAGCCUGUAUAUUUUAAAUUAAAAAGCAAAAUUACGACAGUCACUAUAUUUCAUUAUACAAGAGCACCAAAUUCUGUGACUUGGGAUAUCGGGGAAUACGUUGGUGCAGUGCUUUGUGGAAGAGAAGAUAGUUUAGAAAAAGGUGAUGAUUCCGGAUUUAUAAGUUUUACCUUGACUAGAGCAAAAUCAGGAAACGUUCAUACACGAUGGGGUACUUAUAAAAAACACAAAACUCAAAAGAAAGAUGUAAUGACUGAAAGUGUCUUAUCUACUAAUAGUUAUAUUUCUGAAGUGGUUAUAAAAGUACAAAUGAUGGAUCUAAUUUUACCGCUCACGAUAGUUAGCAAAUAUAUGCAAUUAAUAAAACCUUUCACGUGUUUCUAUCAAUCCGCUGAGAAAGGUACAAUUGAAAAUUCUGAACAAAAUGUAGCACCACAUUUGACUAGUAUUACCAAUCUUGAUAUUGAAACAUUACCACUAAUAUACCUGGAUUUCAAAGGACUUAGAUUAAUGUUACCAGUAUCAAACACAGUGAAGUUUAAACCCCAACACGAUUUAUUAAUGUUUCAGCUAGAUGCAGUUCGCAUUACUCCGCAUGCUGAAAAUCCGAUUUGUAGAACACCUUUAAGAUUAGACAUAUAUCAACUUGCAGCUCAAGCAAAUAUCUUGAGCAUACCCGGUUCUGCUGUAGAAGAUCGACAAUAUCAAAUAAAUAUAAAAGGAAUAUGUGCUCAUACAACUACUUGGAAAAAUUAUCAAAUGAGUAUAAAUAAGAAAAUAUCUCAGUCAUAUCUUUAUACCAUGAAUGAAAAUCCUGCAUUAGAAUGGAAUAAACUCGGACAUGGUAGUAGUUUAGAACGACAAUUUUCCACGCUUCCACUAUUAUCAAAGUUUGAUUUGUGCUUGAUCAUUGCCCCGCCUGUACUGUUCAAACCGGACAUAACAGUAUGCGGAAGUGCCAUUGAAGUAAAUUGUAUUACGGAUAUAGAGGUGACAUUAAAUUUAGACCAAAUUCACUUAAUAACUGUUCUAAAUAAUGAAUUGAAAAAUGUAUUACUGGGACGUUUUGAACAAAAUGAGAAUGUAGCUACGUGUGGUAAUACAUCUCAGAAACUGUUUGCGAGUAUGGGGGGUAUAAAACAAAUAACUUGGACGAAACAAAGUUCUAACGAUACAGACGUUGAUUUUACUAAAGACAGUGGUAUAGAUUUCGAAACGUCUAGUGUGAAUUCAACUAUUGUUGGUAAACCAUCAUCUUCAGAUACUUCAGUUCUUUUACCAUUUGAGUUUUUAGUAAACUGUGGAAAAAUAACAUUCAUACUUUAUGAUAUUCAAGAAACAGUCACAGAAUAUCAAGUCGAUAUAAAUGAAGUUGAAGAAGAGGAGGGUGAGACUCAGAAGCAACCACUACUGUAUGUAAUGGUUAAUCAACCAAAUAUUUACUUCUCUCAACACCACCCAUUACAAAAGAUACAAGUAUCGUGUUUUGAUAUAACCGUCGCACUUGGAGAAAAGGAACGCAGAGAAUUAAUUUCAAUACCAACAGAAAAAGAUUUCAAAGUCUUCAUGAUCGAAACGAAAAACGGUGAUUUGCAUCCAGACACAGGCAUCCCUCCAUCAUUUAUAACAGUAAAAUAUGAAAAAACAUUAGGAAAAAAUCCGCAAUUCUCUGUAGACAUGGGUAGACCUACGAAAAUUCAUUUCUCUUUAUCAAGACUAAGUCAGAUGUAUAUUAUUAAAAAUAAGAUAUUAACAUGCUUCGUGGAUCAACAUGAUUCAACGUCUGUUGAACAACUUGAUGAUACGAAGGUACAUUCAGUAACGAAAUCGAAAAAAUUGUACUGGCCUGAUUUAAAUAUAUCUACAAAGCAACUUGUGCUUUCUCUGAAGACUGAUUCUGGUGCUGAAAUAAUAACUAGUUUAUCUUCGUUGUCUGGCAAUAUUUCAUCUCUUCUUAGGCCUGAUAGAAUAUAUUCUAACACAUCUGUAGAUUCUUUCAUCAUAUCAGUAAUUCUUAAUGAAAAUAUAAAAGUUCUUUUAAAUCCAUGGUGCUGCAAUAUUACCAUUUGUUUGCUUUGGGAGACUUGGCAAAAUAUCGAUUCUAUUCCUCAAGUACAGAUACAAGCAGAUAGCGAUAGUCUUUAUCUAGAUUUUGGUCCAGAACAAAUAAAAAUUAUAAAAAAUGUUAUGGAAGACUGUCAAUUAUUAUUAAGCGAGUUAACAACGUCUUCAUCGAAAUGCAAAGAUAAUGAAAAACAAAUUGUACUUUCAACUGAGCAACAUUAUCAGGACGAUCUUAAAGCCGGCGCAUUUCAAUUUGUUAAUGGUAAUGCAGACGAACUUCCUUUUCCUUAUCAAGUCAUAUUUUUUACUUAUCCUCAACAAUCAAUGGCCUGGAGAUAUCCACAACCGAGGACAUUAACAAGGAUACACGUGUCACCAGUUCCGUUUGAAACAUUGGAUUCAGAUACUUUUAAUGUGGAGAAAGUGCUUUGUACCCUUGAAUACUGGAGCGAUUGCCAUAUGUCUUAUCAACGUUACGCUGACUUCUAUUUAUCAGAAACAGAUUCUUACCGUCUAGAACUUCCUGAAAAAGCUCCAGCACGAGCAGUGGCUUGCAUAUGGCGCGUGGUUCUGCUUUCAAACAGUAAUCGACCAAAAGCAAUAAUUUCAGCUCGUGUUCUUGCAGCAUGUCUACGUAUUGAUUCGUAUUUUAAUUCUUCAAUUAUACCUAACAUACAAGCUGCGCUUAAUAUCGGUGCUAUUCAUGUAUGCAUGUACAAUCACAUUAGCACUACUAUGAGCGAGCUACAACCACCUUUAAAUAAUUACACGUUGAAAGGUACAAUACCUGAAACUCAAUGUUUCAUGACCCUGGAGCAUAAAGGGGCUAUCCUUGUACUUAACCGAUGGAUAGACGGUUCUACGUUGAUCGAUAUAGGUGGUACAUUUGGGAUACACAUACUGGAUUAUAGUUACUUAACUAUGCAAGAAAUACUAGAUCCUUUGGAAGCAAGAUUACAACUUUCGCUAUCAGAUAAAACUGAUAUAUCUUUAACGUGCAGCCCUUUUUCCUUAAAACUAAGCCCAACUGUAGCUCAUACACUUGCAGUUUCAACCCAUUUAUGGUUUGCAUCUCUGGAAGAAGAAAACAAAAAUAUGAUUUUAUUCACACGUUACGUAAUAGCUAAUAAUAGCAAUGUGCCUAUCCUCUUUGGUCAGAGUGGUACAGGAGAAAAUAUAUUAUUGGAAAGUAGACAAUGUAAUUUCUAUUCGUGGCGACAUAUCAGCAAUAAAAUGUUGCGGAUAGCGAUAAAAGAAAACAGUUGGUUAUGGAGCAAACCAUUUUCUGUGGGAACUGAUGGGAUUCAAGCAAUAGAAUUUAGCAAUUCCACGAUGAAAACGGCAGUAUUUGUAAGCGUUGCAUCGAUUUCUGCCAUGCAGAAACUUGUCACAUUCUGUGGACAGCUCGUAAUUUCCAACCAGUUGAUUGACAAUUUUGAAAUGAAAUUAGUCAGGUACGAAGCUGACAUUGGGUCAAAAGUAACCGUGUUGAAAGAUGUGUAUCCUAUCUCUGGUAAAAGUCGACCACCCUCGGUUAUACUUGAUGGCAAUAAGAAAAUGGCAAUACGUUUGCGGUUUACAAACGCACCGAAUCUAUCAUGGACAGGGGACAUUCCUCUACAACCUAACGUUAAAUGGGGACAACCGUGGCUUGUUAAAGUUCCUUUGCAAGAACGUGGACAAUUUUUGAGCAUUUGGGUACGGAUAGUGACGCAAACAAUUCAGGAGAGAACAAAAGUACUAGCUGUGCUUAGUCCACUUUACAUGAUCCGAUCGCAUCUACCGGUACCAGUUAGAGUACAGAUGGAUACACCUUCGUUAAAGACAUCUUUAAGCACGAUGGUAAAUGGUCGAGGUGAACGACAACAAUUGUACUGUCCUGGAACAUUUGAACAUUUCCAUCAGUUAACAUUUCAAUUGGAAUCUGGAGUUUCAACUUCUAAUCCAUACGUGCCAUUGUCGUACAGUUCUGUUGAUCAAAGAAAGUUUUUCAGAAGGCCUGAAACCGAGGACAUCGAUGAAAUUCUAAAGAAUCUUGAAAAUCAAACGGACGAAACAGAAUGGCCUUUCCAGGAAGACGAGAUGGAGGAAUGGAUAUCUGCUGAACAACCGCAAACGCAUGUGCAAGUGAAAUACCAGGAUGCUGGUUUGGUCUCCAGUACAUUGCUACUAGAACUGCAACCAUGGUGUUUCAUAUUAAAUUCAAUGGGAUGUUAUCUCUCUCUCGUAUCCGAAGAUAUCGAACUCUGUCAGAUUCCUCAUUACGGUAUCAUAACACCACCGAAAUUAGAAGGCACAUUUCAUUUAUGCGUUGGCAUUGGUGAUACUUUUUAUACAUCCCAGGCUCUACAAUUGGCUCGACCCGAUUGGAGUCAAAGCUUUUACAUGCCAAGAAUAGGGGGACUCAUACCUGUCGAUGGAAAUGUUAAAACAUGCGUCGAUUGUGGUUCAAGUGUCUCUAUUAUGAGCAUCAAUUCCAGCAUGUACGAAGACAUGCGUCUGGUACGCGUAACAAGUAGUCAUGUUAUUAACAACUUAACGCCUCAAGAAUUAUGCGUCGCCACAUUAGCGGUUUACGAUGAUGCAACUGCACUUGAAUUGCCAAACGAUCUUACCCCUUUCAGCUUUAACAUUUCACCAAGUGAAGAUCAGAAACAAGGCAUUCCGAUCACACAGUGGUACACAUUAUACAUGGAGGAGAUCAUAGAACCUCUCGCACUUUAUAUAUCUCUAAGUUUAGGACACAAAUGGUCAUGUCCAGUUCGAGUAGAUCAAGGUAUGAGUCGCAAGUGCAUUGCUGUUCCAAAUGGCUCUACUACUAUGCCAGUAGUUAUCACUAUACAAGAGGAUAAAGGUACAACUUACAUAAUGAUAUACGUGGAUCACCAUCCUCAGUUACUAAUUGAAAACACGUGCGCUUUCAAAAUUUUACUGGCUCAAGCUAAUGAAACAGCAGGAGGAAUAAUACCAGACACUUCUCAUUUUGCUUGGAUCUGUGAGAUUGAAAGUAACGCAUCCUGUCAUUAUACCAUUCCAUCUGUUAGCAAUAGACUACCUGAUGCACCUGUUGCCAACACGUCAAAUGUAUUAUUAUUUUCUGCUGUAACGAGCGGCUAUAACGAGCAAGUAAAUAAGAGCAAAGAAUUACGAUGGUCAAGAGGUAUAAAUUUGUCCGCAAUAUCAAGUGUACCAAUGGAUCAAUAUGUGCGACUUCCAUCGUAUGGAGAUGUAAAGUUGAUCAUGCAAAAUCAUUGUUACACUACGUUCAUUAAUAUUCUUCCUAUAUCUCAAGUGGAGGUAUCUGCACGAGAUAUUAGAAGUCGACUUUUACGUAAAGAGAACGAUACGAAAGAAGUUGAAACGUUACAUAGCUCAUUUUCGUCUGAACAAGAAGACGACAAAACGAUAAAUGUACAGAGCUCCGGUAGUUCAACCUCUGUUACAACUUUCUUUUCGGCUCAAGAUGAUACUUUAGCCCCGGAAAUGAAAACUUUGCAAAUAAAUUCACGUCUGAUGAAAAAUGUAGAAAAUGUGAAGGGUAACGAAAACGAUGAUGCAAAAACCAUUGAAGAGAGUAAUUCCAACGAAGGCUCUGCCUCUAUUUGUCUUCGUGGUGUUACUAUUGUUAUCAUGCACGACAUGAAUGAAAAUGCUCAAAGAAUCGAAGUAGCCAGCUUGUCAAUGACCGAUGUCGUAGUCAUUGUUGCUGCAAAAUCUAGAAUUAUAAAUUUACGUGCUUUCAUUGGUGAUCUGCAAUUGGAUAAUCAACUGUUUGAUCAAGGAGGAUUUGAUUUUCCGGUAGUACUAAUUAGUCAAAGUCCGCUUGUAGUAAGAGAAACGAGAUUUUAUACAAGCACGUGUCUGAUGAAUAAAGUUGAACAAAUCAGGGAAAACUCACUAAUCGCGAUUGAUUAUAUUUUAGAAAAUCAGGGACAGUUAAGAGUGUCCAAAGAUCUUUUCAUAAAAAUUGCACCAAUUAGUGCUUAUAUUGAAGAUACAUACAUAACUCAGUUGUUAAAUUAUGCAACUUCAAUGGUACCACCACGAUUUCUAGUAUCAGAUGAUAUAAAAAAGACAAGGACGUUAGUGUCAACUAUUGGAGUGUACAUUCCUGACUAUAUAAUGGUCGAUGCAAAAAUAUUGAGUACUCCAUUAAAACUGCAAAAUUUAAAGAUUGAACCUGUAUCCAUCUUAUUGAGCGUCCACACGUCUGUUCGUUUAUACGUAGCUUUAGACCAUUCUCCUCUGUAUUUUGGUACAUUUGAGAAGAAGAAUAUUUUGACUACUCCUUAUAGGCUUGGUAAUGCACUUACCAUGCAUUAUUUAUCUGGUGCUAUAUUCGGAGCAGGUUGGGUAGUUGGAUCUUUAGAAAUACUAGGUUCACCAGGAAGUUUAGCACAAGCUCUUGGAUCGGGACUUCGCGAUUUUGUUUCUCUUCCAUUCCAAGGUUUAUUGCAAGGGCCAUGGGGUUUCAUUGUUGGUAUAACACAUGGCUCGGCCAGUUUAAUGAGACACGUUACAGCAGGUACUCUAAAUUCGGUGACUAAAUUAGCAUCAAGUGUAGCGCGAAAUUUAGAUCGCUUAACUUUGGACGAAGAACAUUUGCAACGACAAGAAGAGUCUCGUAGAAUGCGUCCUCAGGGCAUGGCACAAGGAUUCUAUCAGGGUUUAACUGGGCUGGGAAUGAGUCUUCUUGCUGCAGUGGCAGGUUUAGCACACCAUCCUUUGCAACAGGUUUUAUCAGGAGAGAUAACAACUAAAAGUCUUGUCACUGGUGUUGGACUUGGAUUAGUUGGAGUAGUUACCAAACCUUUAAGCGGUGCUGCAGAGUUAGUUGCGCUGACAGGACAGGGAUUACUACAAGGAGCUGGCUGGAAUUCUUUACCUUCGCCUCGUCAAAGACCAGUUGUUCAGUAUACAACCGGCAAUAAUAACACAUCUAUUAAAUAUGCUUGGUGGUUAUUACCAUUGCUUGAAAACAAUCAUGGCAAUAUUUUACAUGUCACCAAUGCAGAUUAUGUGAUUCAGCAAGGUAGCAAUCGUGCUGUAACAUUGGUUUUAACAAGACAUGCGUUACUACUAGUUAACACAGCGGAAGACAACAUAGAACGAAUAUAUUUAUUAAAAGAUUUAAUAAGUGCCGAUCACCAUUUGGAGUCAACAAUAUGUUUAUACUGUUCUCCUGAGACAGUACAGACAAACAGGUCUUUAUCACCGGCUCCAUAUGAGAUGGAUCAAGAAAUGCGAGCACGAGUAGCGGAGUACGUUCGAAGUAGCAGCACUGGCCUAGCUAGUGUUUCUACAAAUAGUGAUGGACAGUCUGAUAUUUUUGAAAAUACCACUCCUCAUUCUGAUCGUACGCUUACAUUUUACGUUUCUCCCGACUCGCGUAACUAUUUAUUAUCAUUAUUUAAUAUUGCCAAAAGACAAAGUCAGGGUAGUGGAUUUAGAGUGUUAUAA